AAAAUAAAAGGGAAGUAGCAAAAGUUGAAUCAAACAUGGCUGAAGCCUUGGCUGCAAAAAAUUCUGAAAUUGAGGCACUUCUUAGUUCGAUGGAUGCAGUAAAGAAGCAGGCUGCAUUAUCAGAAGAAAAUAUAGCUUCCCUUCAGGCAAACAUGGAGUCUAUGAUGAAAAACCGAGAUCAAAUAGAGACAAGAAUGAUGCAGGCAUGCUCUAAGAGAGGAACUAGCAUUUGCUGAGCGAAGAGCAGAAGAAGAGCAUGCAGCACAUAAUGCUACCAAAAUGGCUUUUAUGGAAAAAGAAGUGAAAUUGGAGCACAGAGCUAUUGAGGCAGCUACAGCUCUUGCAAGGAUACAGAGAAUAGCAGAUGAGAGGACCUUGAAGGCCACAGAAUUGGAGCAGAAGGUGGUACUUCUUGAGGUUGAGUGUGCAUUCCUAAAUCAAGAAUUGCAAGAUAUUGGAGAUCGCGUGCGCCGUGAACAAAAGAAGUCACCAGAAGAGGCAAAUCAAGUAAUUCAGGCAUGGCAGGAAGAAACAGAGCGAGCAUAUAGGAGUCAGAGAGAAGCUGAAAACAAGAUUUCUUCAAUAGAGGCUGAGCUGCAAAAGAUGAGAGUGGAAAUGGCAGCCAUGAAGAGGGAUGCUGAGCAUUACUCCCGUCAGGAGCAUGUGGAAUUGGAGAAACGCUAUCGCGAACUUACGGACCUUUUGUACUAUAAACAGACACAAUUAGAAGCCAUGAGCAGCGAAAAAGCUGCCGCUGAGUUUCAAUUGGAGAAAGAAUAUAAGCGUCUACAAGAAGCACAGGCUGAGACUGAAAAAAAUAGAAUUUCUCGUCGACCAUCUUCAUCUUGGGAAGAAGAUACUGAAAUGAAAACCCUCGAGCCACUUCCUUCGCAUAAUCGCCAUUUGGUUGGGGCAAGCAUUCAGUUGCAGAAAGCAGUGAAACUAUUAGAUUCAGGAGCCGUAAGGGCCACAAGAUUUCUCUGGCGUUAUCCAACGGCUCGAGUUGGUCUAUUUUUCUAUCUGGUGUUUGUACAUCUCUUCUUGAUGUAUCUCUUGCAUUGCCUUCAGGAGCAAGCUCACAAUUUGGAUGUUAGAGAGGUUGCAAAAUCUUUGGGACUCUCUGACCCGAAUUACCAUGACUAAUCUUAUGAUGGGGAAAAAAAAAAUUCAAGGCCCUACAUCUGGUGUUAACAUUUCAAGAUUACCCUGAAAAUGCAUGUAAUCGUUACUGCUGCAUGCUCGAGUUUUCUCAAUGUGGGAUGGCAUCAUCUCUUGCUUUAUUUUUUCACCAAAAUCGUAAAAACAUGAUUUAGGUACAGAAAUUCAUUCUUGUGAUAUCCCAUUCUUUUCUUUAACUUUUUCAAUCCUUUAGACUAUAAUACAUAUUACAUUACUACACCUGCAUGUA